AUGGCGGAAGACAAUGUUUAUGAAUCGAUGCUCUGUGUGAAGCCUGAGGUCCACGUCUACCGUAUUCCACCACGGGCGUCGAAUCGUGGAUAUCGCGCUGCUGACUGGAAACUGGACGAACCUGCGUGGAGUGGAAGAUUGAAAAUCACCGCAAAAGGAAAGAUGGCCUACAUCAAAUUAGAGGACAAAAACACAGGGGAGCUUUUUGCCCAAGCUCCAGUUGAACAGUAUCCAGGCUGUGUAGUUGAAGCAGUGACAGAUUCCAGCAGGUACUUUGUGAUCCGGAUAGAGGAUGGAAAUGGCCGCCACGCUUUUAUUGGUCUGGGCUUUGCUGAUCGGGGAGACUCCUUUGAUUUCAAUGUUGCUUUACAAGACCAUUUUAAGUGGGUAAAGCAAGAGGGUGAACUGGCCAAAAUGGAAGCAUCCCAGAGUACCGCACCGAAGCUUGACUUGGGCUUCAAGGAGGGACAGACCAUCAAGAUCAGUAUAGGGAAUAUUAAGAAGAAGGAUUCAUCAAGUGCUAAGCCACACCCCAUGGCUGGAGGUCUGCUCCCACCUCCACCUGGAGUCAAGACUGGAGGCAUCAUUCCACCCCCUGGCAGCCAGCAAACAAAAAGUGCAGCUCUUUUAGACUAUGGAUCACCAGUUCCUGAAACACAGCCCAGCGCUGAUGUGUGGGGAGAUUUUACAUCUGCAGGUUCCAACUCUAGUAAUGAUGCUGCCAAAUCAGGAUGGGUGCAGUUCAGCUGA